UGGAGCAGUGACAACACUGGGUCUGGACUGGCUAAGGCACUCUCUCUUGAGCAGUGUUAAACUUAGGCUCUUCCACUAUCAUUUGAAUUACAGAAAUUGUCUGAAACGGUCCUAGAGCUGCUUGCAAUUCCUUCAGAGAACUCGUGGAGGCUAGAAGAAUUUUCUUCAGAAGACAGGAAAAGAAAAACAUGGUGCCUAUCUCUAAACAAGGUGGAAAAGGAGGAGCAGGGAAAUUUUAAGAACUAGGACUUGCUUCAGUACUUGGAAAAAUAUUGGAAUCAUCAAUCAAAACUGUUUUCAAGCACCUAGAAGAAGACAACGCAGCAGGGAGACAUGGCCAACCACAGUGAGGAAUGCAACUUUACUGGCAUUGACAGCUUAGCAAAGACUCUCCAAUACGGGAUUUCCAUCCCCACCUUCAUUCUUGGCUUGGUUCUCAACACCCUGGCCCUCUCCGUGUUCUGCUGCUUUUGGAAGAAACAGACCAAAACCUCGGUCUACAUGAUCAAUCUUGCACUUGCAGAUGUCCUGCUGCUUCUCUCACUCCCUCUCAAGCUGUACUACUCCAUCAAAGAAGCACCCAGGCUCCUGUGUGCAUUUAUCGAGUCUCUGUACUUCGUCAAUAUGUACGGCAGUAUCUUCAUUAUUGUCUGCAUUACAGUUGACAGAUACAUUUGCAUAAGACACCCCUUUGAAGGUCGAGCUAACCAGUCCCCCAAGCGGGCAAUCUUGAUUUGCUGCUUCAUUUGGGUAACAGUCUGGCUUUGCAGCAGCCCAAUGUAUGCAUUUCACAAGGACGAGAAUUUAAAGUGCUUUCACAACAUGUCAGAGCACGCUUGGAGCAUUCCCCUCAUUGUUUCUGUGGAGAUUUUUGGAUUCCUGAUCCCACUCUCAGCGAUGGUUUACUGCUCUGCUCAAAACAUCUGGAUUCUUCUGAAUCAAAAGAGCAGAGAUAAAAAGAAGGAAGACGACAGUAGCUCCUUACGAGCCAUUACCAUUAACCUCGUGGUAUUUUUGGUGUGCUUCACACCAGUCCAUCUUGGGAUUUGCCUACAGUGCCUGGUAAGACAGCAUGUGAUAGAGGACUGCAGUCUGAAACAAAACAUCAGCCUCUUCAUUCAGAUGUCAAUGAUAUUUGCCAACCUGAACUGCUGCCUGGAUGCCAUCUUUUAUUACUUUGCCGCAAAAGAAUUUCGUGAGAAAACGAACAUGAAGAAGAUUAUUGAACUAUGUCCUGUCUUUAAGCCUUGUGCUACAGGACGGGAUUGCCUGCAGUGGAAGAACAUCUCUUCCUCAGCGCCCACUUGCCUUGCAGGACUCUGAGAGCGUUAUCCUUGAUGUAGCAGCAGGGUCACCCUGGCCACAGUAGGGAGGGGGCAGAAGGAGGAAGGACAGCGUUUUUCUGGUGAAUGUGAACUUGCUUCAUAUUUUUCCUCCCAUUAAAGGUGAAAGGGGAGAAGUGUUGGAAAAAAAGAAUUUAUUGUCUUAGUGCUAUGUCCUUCACCUUGAUGGUACUUGUUAAAACGUGAAAAGCUUGCCAGAGUAAAACAACAUAAAUCAUGAGAACGCCACUUAAAAUCAGCCUUCACCACCACUGCACCAGUUUUCCUUUCGCCAACUUGAUCAGAAACUUGCUGGGGCCAGUCAAAAACAGAAGUGACUAUUUCAAACCUUCUUUCUAACUUAGAAGGUAACCGAGAGUUAAAAGGCAAUAUAGGGCCAAAAGUCUGACUCUGUUCUUUACGUCUCUAAGCCUUGCAUAAGGUUACCAUCAGAACUCUUCUGGCAUAAACAGCUUGGCCAGCCUGUUGCAAUAUUGAACCAUACCUCCUAUAAGCAUUACAGACCGGUCCAGGCCAUUACGGAGGACAGCUUGCCCAGUAUGUGACCCUGAGCAAUGUACAUUUGUGAUUAUCUACGCUGAGGAAUCAGCACAGUUUUCUCCAGCAAUUUUAAAUCUGACUUUGCACAUGGAAAACAAAAUAACUGCUUCAAAUACUGCAUUUAGUGAAAGAUCCCACAUGAUGAACUGUGGGUAAUCGUCACUAUGUUUAUGCCAAAGAUUUAACAUGAUACAUGCAUUAAAGUUUUCUGCCUGCCUUCUCAUGCAUUCCUGGAGGACAGGAAUUAUGGAAGCAAUCAUAGCACCCCAGAAAAAUAGGUUGGGACUACUCAGCUCAAACUCCUGGCUCCUAGUCGUGAGACAGGAUCAGCCCCGUCCACCUCGUGCCUCAGAAAAGCCUUCCUAACUUUGCUUUACAAAACUCUGGAGACAAACGUCUUACAACCUUUCUCAGUCAGCUCUGCUGGUAUUUCGCCACCCUUAUAUCACAUGUAAGUUUGGCCCUGAGUGUAAACUAAAGAUUUUAUUGUUGCAAUUUAAGUCCACGGUUUCUUCUACUGCGAUACUAGUAUGAUUCAUGUUGCCUUAGCCAGAAACAUUUUCGCAUAAAGAAGUUUAUCUUUGGGCCUUUUAGAAACAGCUGUAAAAAUUGUUCAAGAUUGCUCAGAACCAGGUCUCUGUUCAAGAGCGGACGUUUUAUUUAUUCAAAACGUGAAAAGAAAUUGGCUUCUGUCUGGAGCAAAAAAAGAAAGGGGAGGGGAGCUAGUUUUGAAAAAAAAAUUUGCAGUCAAUUGAUUUCUUUAUAAAUUAUUGAUUGUGCAAGUGGGAAGCUGCACAUAUCUAACGUGUGAGUGUUUUAAAACUUGUUAGUACUAACAGCAUGACCACCGCUGAGGCAUGAAGGAGCUCAGAGGAAAGGAAAGGUUUUUAUUAUCUUCCUCACCAGCAUCUGCAGAGUAGCAAGAGGAAGAGCUUUCCAAAACAGUAGAUUCUCAAAACAUUAUUUACUACUGUCUCGAUCAUUCAGAAAUCUGCAGCCUUUUCAGUAUGAUUUAGCCUUUCCUUCUGUACCUUUGACAUUAAUUUGCAUCUGAA